AUGUCUACAAUCUGGCAAUUUUCAACGAUCAAUGAGAGUAUCAAAAAUGCGCUUGAAUUCUCGUUGGGGCCACUUCUCAUUUCGGAUUACAUUCAAUCACCAAUCGUCAUUUUAACGCAUCUCUUUACUUUUUAUUUAAUCAUCAAUGAUACUCCAGCGGUGAUGAAUGUCUACAAGAGAUAUUUGUUGUAUACGCAGUUCUGGCUGUUCACUCGGGAUCUAAUGUGGAGUAUCUUUGUGCGUCCCGUGUACAUCUAUCCAUCAAACGCCAACGCUUGCAUGGGACUCUUCAGCUUUAUGUUCCAAAUCGAUUGUCAUUAUCAAUUUAGUCUCAUCAAUCUCUUCAUCAGUAUGACGAUCGCCUCACUCACGACUCUAAUGAUCUAUCGAAGAAAUCAGCUGACUCCACCGGGGAAGUAUCACUUCACCCCGAGAACCAUCAUAGCUUUCAAUGUUUUUGGACAUUUUAUUGAGUUGAGCAAUGUAAUCUUGUUUUCCAUUGCAGGGCUUGAGAGUGAAAAGGUCGACCUCUCUCGCUUCCAAUAUCACGAUUUCACCGCAACUGCUUACACUCUAAAUCUUCCAAUUGUUAUCUGGUUCAUGAGCAUUUUCGUGAUCGCCAUCUGGACCUGCAUUUUCACAGCUCUUUUCGUCUUCUCAAUUUUCUUUCAACUAGCACAAGCAAAAGAAAGAAUGUCACCGAAAACCUUUGAGCUGCAAAAGUACUUUAGUAACACUUUGUUGUUACAGCUUGGUGCCGUUUUUGUCUUCUUUCUUUUCCCGAUCGCAGUCAUCAUGCUUGGAAUCUAUUUCCAAAUCUUUAACACUUGGAUCAUCAACUCUGUGAUAAUCCUUCCUUCGUACUUUUCGGUGAUCUAUUCUUGGAUUCUACUUUUGAUGACUCCAGUCUAUCUGAAUGCAAUCAAAGCCAAGUUUGGAAAGAAAAUGGAUGAAGGAAAAGUAUCAGAGACAGAUCAU